UGCUGUGAGCAGCUUGAUUAGUCUCGACGAACAAGUGUUCAUCGGGCAAAUCUCCUCAUCUCCGGUAAGAAUUGAGAUCGCCGAACGCCCGAAUCGGCGAAGAACAUCUCUCUCUCUCUCUCUCUACGCCCACCGGCUAGAUGGCCGAAUCCUCCUUGGGCACGGCAUCCGCGGCCCCGUGCCUCGGUCUGUCCGCGCGCCGCACGGUCCACCGCUCCCUCCCGCUCCGCGACGUGCCGUGCCGGCCAGGCCAACCGAGCAGCGUCGAAACCUCCGAUUUUAAUUCCAACUCCAUCCCGACGCCAGCAGCGACCCCCCGCCGGUCAAACCCGCUCCACACCCCUCAGAUCCAACGGCGGCCACGUGCCCACCCCGGCUAACCGCCUCGCUCUCGGUCACGGCCCACGGGCCGGCGCUCGCCUCGCCGCCCCUCUUUUAUUCCCCACCUCUCCCCGACUCGUCACCUCGCCAGCCGCCCCUGACUCGCAUCCAUCCAUCCGCAGGGAAAAAUUAGCACCUCGAUCUAGGGCUUCGUGAGAUCUGCGGGGGGGGGGCGCCAUGGACGGGAAGCUGCCGCCGCCGAAUCCGAACCUGCCGUACCGCGAGGACUGCUGGAGCGAGGGCGAGACGUCAGCGCUCGUCGACUCCUGGGGGUCGCGCUACCUCGAGCUCAACCGCGGCAGCCUCCGCCAGCCGCAGUGGCGGGAGGUCGCCGACGCCGUCAACUCCCGCCCGGGGGCCUCCGCGCGCCGCCGGCCCCCGCGCACCGACAUCCAGUGCAAGAACCGCGUCGACACCCUCAAGAAGAAGUACAAGGCCGAGCGGGCGCGUGGGACGACAUCGCCCUGGCCCUUCUACAACCAGCUCGACAUCCUCGUCGGCCCCACGCUCUCCGCCUCCGCCGCCGCCGCCAGCAAGAAGCCGUCCCCGCCCCGCGGCCUUCCCAUGAUGAUGCGGAGGCGCCCGUCGCCGUCCCGCUCCCCGUCACCGCCCUCCCCGGCGCCGCCUAUGGCGCUCCCCUUGCCCAACUACCGCCGCGGGUCCAACCUCCCGUCCGCCGACCUCUUCCAUAAGGCGGCGGCGGCCGCCGCCGCCGCCGUGGAUUCUGACUCGGACGAUGGCUACAACAACAACAACAACUAUGACGACGACGAGGGCUCCCAGCAAUCGCCCUCGCGUUCUGUUUCGUCUCGCUCUGGCGGUAAUGGUGCUCCUGCUCUUGGCGGAGGUGGCAGCAGCAAAAGGAAGAGAGGUGGGUCUGGAGGGUUUGGGGAGCUGGCCAUGGCAAUGGAGACUUUCGCUGAGAUGUAUGAGCGCAUGGAGGCCGCCAAGCAAAGGCAUGCGGAGGAGAUGGAGAGACAGAGGAUAAAGUUCCUCAAGGAUCUGGAGCUGAAGCGGAUGCAGGCUUUUGUGGACAUGCAGCUUCAGCUUGCGAGGGUGAAGCACGCCAAGAAUGGUACCUCAGAGAUGCUCAUGUCUCUAGCCGCACUGCCAUUCCUCAGCAACCCUGCUUACCUUUGAUUAAGGACGAGUUUAGAUUACGAGGAGUCAAGCAUGGUAUGAUGCUGCUCUUCAAUGAAGAUCCAUCUAGGUUCAUUGGUAGUUUAGUAUAUAGGCUCUGGAGUCCGGUUAUGUAAACAAUGCUGAUAGCGUUGCCAGUUCUAGCCUCUAGACUAUAUGAAACUGUUAGAAUGAAAUUCUUGUCUUUGUUCCAUUGAUUGAAGAUAUAUUUAUACAAGGGGAAGGAGCACCAAUACAUGCAUUGGUGUCCCAAGUUUUUGCCUU